AUGUGGGCUACAACCCAUCAGCAUCUGCAACAGGCCUGCUGCCGAUCUUUGUUGCGCCUGCUUCGGCUGCGACAACAUGGUCUCUCCGUCUUGAUGUUUGAAGAGCUGUUCAACGGGAGGCCGAUCUUCAUCUGCCGCCGCUCCGAGGAGAUUAGCCCAGGCGACGAAUACGAGGCGGCGUACAACCAGCUCUCACAUGCGGAAACGAAACCGGAUGUUUGGGAUGUGCUUCCACACAUUCAGGACGUGGCCACCGCCAAGGAGGCCGUGAAAGCUGCGCUCGGCCCCCUCCAGCCCGCACUCCUGCGCGUGGAGAACUGCACGCAAGCGCUGGAAGAGAUACUGCAGUAG